AUGAACUUGGCGUGUCCAGGGGCAUAUAGUAUUACAAGUUUUUUUAAGACACCAGAGUCUCUUCUUCAAUUGUAUCAAGGUAUUUGCGGCUUUGACGGCACAGCUCCAAUGGUAUGCUGUUCUGAUUUCGCAUCACCAGAGAUACAUAGCAGAAUGAAUCAUGAAACGGACGUUGAUACAUUAUUUUCCGUGAACGAGAGUAAUGAGUUACUGCCGACCAAGUGUGGACUUACCUCCUACGCCGCGGACCGGAUUUACGGAGGAAAAUAUGCUGACUUAUACGAGUUUCCUUGGAUGGCGCUUAUAUCUACUUUUAUAGAUUCCGAUAGUGAACCGCAGUUCACGUGUGGUGGGUCCAUUAUACAUUCAAGGUACAUCUUAACAGCGGCCCACUGUGUGUUCGGAAAGAAAUUAGCUGGUGUGAGAGUAGGAGAAUUUAACAUAGAAAAGAUAGACUGCACUUUAGACAACAGUAUUUGUGAAGACUCUGUUCAGAAUUUCUCCAUAGAAGAAUGUAUUCCCCAUGAGAGGUAUUUAUCAAACGGGGAGAAAAAAAGGCCAUCGUUCGAUAUAGCGUUGGUACGACUAGACGGAGAGAUCGAUUUCAGUCCAGACAACGUUGCGCCAAUUUGUCUACCUCUGCAUAAAGAAUUUCGCGAAAGUAAUUUAUUGGAUGAGGAAGCAGUUGUCGCGGGAUGGGGAGCUAUCGAGACAGGAACGCGAUCAAUUGAAUUACUUAAAGUGACAAUUAAGAUACAUAAUGACGCUUCAUGCCAAAGAAUCAAUAACACUAUAUGCGCUGGCACUCGCGGCAGAGAUUCUUGCAAUGCCGACUCCGGCGGGCCUCUCAUGAUUCAACACCCUGAAAGCUCCCGAUAUGUUCAAUAUGGUAUUGUGUCGUUUGGAAACACUGAUUGUGGGACCGGCUCGGCAGUCUACACAGAUGUUAGAAAGUACAUAGACUGGAUAUUGGACAAAAUUGAGUCAAGUCAAAGUCAAAGUGAAAUCAUUCAUUUCAAUGAAUGA